UUCCCGGAAGCGGCGCGAGCGCUUCCGCCGCUUCCGGCCGGGCGGGGAAGGGGCGGGAGGGGGAGGAAGGGAAGGAGGAAGGGAAAGGAAAGGAAAGGAAGGACGGCACGAAGGAGGAGCUGAGGCGGCCGCGCACGGAGCGGCGGGACCCGCCACGGGAGAUCCCCGCGCCUSCCGGCAGCCAUGCGAACGGCGGGAUGAGGCUGCAGGCGGUGCUGGAGCAGCUGCAGAAGCAGCAGCAGCAGCAGCAACAGCAGCAGCAGCAGCCGGCGGUGUCCAUGGAGCGCCGGGAGCCGCCGGUUCCGGUGCCGGUGCCGCCGGUGCCGGUACCGCAGCCCCGCGCCGGGAGAGCUCCGGGCACGGCGGCACCGGGCAGAGGCAGCGCCCGGCCCUUCGAGCGGAGCGGCGGCAACGCGGAGCUGGACGASGAGGAGGAGGAGGAGGAAGAUGAGGAGGAGGAGGAGGAGGAUGAGGACGGCGCCGAGCUGGAGGACAAGGAGCGCUGCUCUGCCCUCAAGUAUUUGGGCGCUGCCAAAGCCGCCCAGCCCAGCCCCAGAGGAGGCUCCGCCUGCAGCCCGGGGCCCGCGCCGGGACAGCCGCGGGGAGCGCAGCAGGGCAGGGACUGUGCCCAGCACCCGGGGGGCACCGCGGGACGGCCCGGCUGGCGCCUGGACGAGCAGCUCAAACAGGUCAUUUCCCCCGCAGGAACUCCCAUCAACCGGAUCCCCAUCAUGGCCAAGCAGAUCCUGGACCUGUACAUGCUCUACAAGCUGGUGACCGAGAAGGGCGGCCUGGUGGAGAUCAUCAACAAGAAAAUCUGGAGGGAGAUCACCAAGGGCCUCAACCUGCCCACCUCCAUCACCAGCGCCGCCUUCACCCUGCGCACCCAGUACAUGAAGUACCUCAGUCAGGAAUAUCCUGAGGGUGAAACCUCCCACUCCUGGAAUUGGGAGAGCCCUCCUGGGACUGGGAGAGCCUUACUGGCAAUGGGAGAGCCUUACUGGGACUGGGAGAGCCCUAGUGGGAACAGGAGACUCCUCCUGGGAAUGGCAAUGUCAGUGCCCGCUCCAUGCCCAGGUGACGGUGCGGUGCCGCUGACCGUGGCCGUGCCCAGCCGCCUGGCCGUGCCGGUGGCUCUGGGUGGCCCUGCGGCCAGCAGGACGGCGGCGCUGGAGCAGCUGCGGGAGCGGCUGGAGGCGGGCGAGCCCCCCGAGAAGAAGGGGGCGCGGCUGACGGACGAGGAGCAGCGGAUGGUGCAGCAGGCGCUGCAGCGCAACCUGCUCAGCGUGGCCCGGCAGAUCCCYAUGAGGAUCAAAAUCAACGGCAAGGACAAGGCUGACUCGGCAGCGGCGGCGCUGAACCUGUCCCCCAAUGGCAUCGGGAGCAUCAACAUGUCCGUGGAGAUCAAUGGCACCACCUACGCUGGGGUGCUGUUUGCCCAGAAGCCCGUGGUGCAGCUCCUGGCCGGCGCGGGCGCCCAGAGCUCCUGCAGCAGCAGCAGCAGCAGCAGCAGCAGCAGCAGCUCCCACUGCUCCCCCAGCCCUACCUCAUCCCGGGGCACGCCGGGUGCUGAGCCCUCCACCAGCUGGUCACUCUGAUGGGCACCGUGUCCAGCACUGGGCACUGUGUCUGGCACUGGGCAUUGUGUCCAGCACUGGGCACCAUGUCCGGCACUGGGCACUGUGUCUGGCACUGGGCAUUGUGUCCAGCACUGGGCACCAUGUCCGGCACUGGGCACUGUGUCUGGCACUGGGCAUCGUGUCCCACCCCGGGCACAGUGUCCACCCCGGGCACAGUGUCCAGCCCGGUCACAGUGUCCCACGCUGGCACCGUGUCCCAGCCCGGCUCGGGAACAAGCCGGGAGUCGCACAGAUACCUCAUCUCAAGGAACCUGCUCUGGCCAGCGAGAGGAUGAUGAUGAUGGCGAUGAUGAUGGUGGUGGUGGUGCUGGUGGUGAAACCUUUCCAUGCCAGCAAGUUUUCCUUCAUCAUCUCUUUUUGUCCGGCCUUUUUUGCUUUGUUCCCUCCCUUUCCCUCCUCCUUUUUGCUCUUUGUUUCCUCCUCCUCCCAGGGUCUGUUCCYAUGGAGGGAGGGGGGCACACCUGGCGUUUCUCAAUCAGGGAUGUGGCCGGGAUGUCACCAGGGCAGGGUGAGAGCUGGGGCUGGGGCAGGGAACCCUGGUUCUCCUGGAACCGGGGCCCAGUGGGGUUCUGCCCACCCACAACUCGGUGUUUUGACAAUCCUGAGAGGGGGAAACGCAGCRGGGCUGCCUGGCCCUGUCCUCCCGUGGCAGACUGCGCGUGUCCCCUUCCUGCUGUGUCCCCASGGGAGAUUCCUGCUCUUCCCCAUGGUUUUGGCACUGCUUGGUUCUAGCUCUGGUGCCACCUCAUCCCUCCUGUUGCCUUCAGGAGUUCCAGAUGCCCCUGAUGUGUCCUUGAGGAGCCUCCCAGUGAUCCCUGACACCCUGAGCCUGCUGGGGCUCCAUGUCCUGUGUCCCUGAGGAGCUCCCCAGUGACACCAGCCCUUGAUGGCCUGAGGGUGCUGGGGCUCCGUGUCCCCUGAGAAGCUCCCCUGACACCCUGAGCCUGCUGGGGCUCUGUGUCCUGUGUCCCCUGAGGAGCUCCCCGGUGAUCCUUGACACUCUGAGGGUCCUGGAGCUCCUUGUCCUGUGUCCCUGAGGAGCUCCCUGGUGACACUGGCCCUGACACCCUGCCCGUGCUGGGGCUCCGUGUCCCCUGCCCCCAUGCCAUUGUCACCUGGCUCGAUCCAGGCUCCCUGAGGCGGCUCUGGAAGCCCUGCAGUGCUGAGUGCCGAGGGCAGGGGUGGCAGAACCCAGUCAGGGCUGUGGAUGAUGUGGCACACGGGGAUUGUUUGGGGCUCUGAACAAACCCCCUGAACCGAACCUGAGCGGGGCGGACCCGCUGCUCUCCGGGGAGAGGCAGAGCCCAGGAACCCGCGCCCUUCUCGCCCUGCCCUCAGGACCCCCAGCUGGAUCAGAGCUGGAACCGCCUGGCUCCUGAUCAGCUGUCCCCUCACACUGUCCCCUGCCCGGGUGGCCUUUGCUCCAGGCUCCAUCUCCUGCCCUGCUGACGUCCCUGCCGUGCUGCAGGCCCGAGUCAGGUUUUUUUGAGCAGACGAAAUACCUCAGAUACCCGUACUUGUCGUUGGGUUGGUUUUGUUUGUGUUGGGUUGGUUGUUUUUUUUUAACCUCUUCAGGAAGUUUUGGCGUAUCCUAUCGCUUKGGGUUUCCGUGGGUGGCUUUGCUGACUUUGUGUUUGCUUUUACUCCUUCUCCUUUCCAAACGAAUCACCAAAGACAGGAAGUUCAAGCAAGGCUGAGCCUCCAGGCCAGCGGGAGCCGAGCUCCAGGCUCAUCCUGGGACAGGGAAAGCGGGGCGGAAGCAAUCGUGGUGUUUGGCUCUGGCCGUUAUCCUUUGCUUCCGAGCUCCUGGUGCCAGUUUGUGCCCCGUGGCCGGAGCUCUCCCGCAGUUCCGAGGCCUCUCUGGGGUUCGGAAGGUGGCAAUGCACAUGUCCUGAGAGUGAUGCUGCUCCCUGUGGCCAGGGGAAGCCGGGCUCACCCCGCAGGCUCCACAGCAUUUCAUCCCCGCAGACUCCCAGAGGAUUUUCCAACCUCUGGGACUCAAUCACAUGAUUUUAUUUUCCCCCUUUUUUUGUUGUUGUUUUUGGUUUUUUAAAAUUUUUAUUUUAUUUUAUUCGGGGGUGGGGUUGGGGCUGUUUCCUCUGAGUGGGACCGGGGCACUUUCUGCUUUUCCCUCUGCUCUGCCGCUUGGCCCCGGGGAGCAGAGGCUGCUCCGGGGCRGCGUCGCUCUGUCUCACUCGCUAACCUCGUGUUUUCUUGCACAGAAAGGCACUCGAAUCACUGAACUGCUUGGACACUACUCAGAGUAUUAAUGUUUAUAAGCUUUACUCAACCUAGACUGGAACUAGCCAGGGACUAACAGAUUGUUUUGUAUCCAAUUCAGGGAAAGAAUCAGGUCGGGAAGCGUUAACAGAUACCUCAGUUAAAUAAGCUGCACCAAUAAAGCGGUCCUGUCCCACUGCAGGGUGACAAGGACCGGCCAGACUGUGAAGAGUUCCCCCGUUGCCCCAAGCCUGGCUUUGACCCGAGCCCGGGUCUCCUGCUGAGCUGCCAGGCUGUGGGGAGGGGGCAGCAGUGCGGGGGAAGGGGGGGCUGCCCCAGCCCGGUGUAGUCUCAGGGUUCSAUGCUGCGAGCAGGAUGUUCCCGAGGGAAGGAAGCGCUCCCGCUUCGCAGCGCUGCUCCAUCCUCCCCCAAAAUGCUCCACGCACCAGCCAAAAAUCCCCGGGGGCGCUUCGGGCGGCCGGGAGAGCCAAGCCCGGCCGGGAGGGUGAGCCCAGCCCGCUCCCGGAGCUGCCGGGGAGGCACACGGAGGCUGUGCGUGCCCACCCAGGCUCCCAAAGCGAACGCGAACGGGUCACAGCGAGCCCUCGGGGUGCCUUCCGAAAGGCGUUCAGAGGGUCUCCCCAAACCGCUGCAGCAGCCUUGCUACUAAGUUUUCUUACCUAUUUAAAAUUUAAAAGGAAAAAAAAUAAUAAAAUAAGUAAAUAAAAACAAAUGUGAUAGCCUAGGCGGUGGAUAAAUACCUCAACGUCUCCUUUCCAACAAGUGUCUGUAUAUGUUGUUGUUGGGUUUUUUCUAUCUUAACAGGUUAUCUGAAUGUUUAUAUUCCAAUAAACUUCUACCUCUUCACACUGUGA